GGGCUUAUCUGCUUGCGUUGUCAUUCGUUAGUUUAAUAGUCCUUGACGCUUCUUCAAUCGUCCAUUACUUAUACAAAAAGGUCUUCCACGACGCCCGAUAACAGGCACAAUAUGGAAUUAAACGUACGUGACCUCAAAGCGUGCCCUCAAAGAUUCUUUUACUUUCACUUCACGUACCUCUCUAAGAUAAAGACUGUAUCAUCAAUGAUCUCCUAUAUUAGAAGUACAAAAAACAUCAUCAUUCUACAACUUUUGCAUAAAUGAAAAAUUCUACAUCCAUCAACGUUUCUUCUCAAAUCCAUCAACCGCUACCUCCGGCCACCAACUCAUUUUCCAUAGAAUCCCUUGACUCCUCGGUGCAGAAUUUCUUAAGAAGCUGGUACAGACGGAAAACAUGGCGAUUCUCCUUCAACUCCCCCCGGGAAGAUUUGAUCAACAGAGCACCAUGGAGAACCAAGUUGGCGAAUUUUCUCGAAUCCAACUCGGUUCAUGUUAUUGCCAUUUUGCUGCUUCUUCUGGACCUUAUCAUCACUGUCCUCGAACUCUCCUCCUCUUUACCUAAAUGCGCUCCAAAAACGAACAAGGCAGAGGAAGUUUGGUACCAUUGGGCAGGGAUUGCAAUCUUGAGCGUGCUCUCUGCAAGGGCGGUAGCUUUAGCCUUGGGACUAGGCAGUUCAUUCUUCAGGCGAACGGGUAACGUGGUGGACGGUGCAGUUGUUAUAGGGGCACUGGUUUUGGAAGUGUUCAUGGCGAGGAGAGGAGGUGGCUUGCUCGUUGUGGUGAGCCUUUGGCGUGUUGUAAGGGUUCUGGAGAGCGCUUUCGAGUUGAGCGACGAGGCCAUAGAGGCACUGGUUGCAGGGAUAGUGUGCCAGUUUGAGGCGCUACGGGAAGAGAACAGGAGACUCUUGGAGGCUGUUGCUGAGAGAGAUAAAAUGAUAGAGAAGCUCCGGGACGAACUGGAUCAAUGUAGACAUGCUUGCAUUAAAGUUUUCUCCUGAACAUAUAUUUUAGCCGAAAAUAUUAUUGUGUACGUGUAGGGAAGCAUCUGUAUAUGCUGUAGCAGACGAUCUGUAUUAUAGUGCUACAUAUCAUGAAUAACUCAGCUACUGUACUAGUGUUCAGUCGCUGCUUGCAUGUAGAAC